GGCGGAUAUCAAAUCAGAGGCCUCUUCACAUAACUUCCCUCCCUAUAUAAAGCAGAAAAUAAUCCUGAUUGUGUACCGUACACACAUCCCCAUACGAACAUUCACAAUCGUGAAAGAGAGAGAAGAGAGAAAGAGAGAGAAGUGAGAGAGAGCUGAAAUCGGAGAAGAUGGUUUCGUGGCUGAUGACUAUCAAGGCGGUGCUAAUUUCUAGCGGCGUCGCCUCCGUAGCACUAUUUCUUAAGGUCUCUGUCCCGGCGGCUGUCGAUUUCUCCGUGUCGCGAGCUCCGAUCAUGUGGAGCUCUCUGCUAUCGUGGCUGAAACCGCCGUAUCUUUACUUCAUCACCAACGGAAUUAUCAUCACUAUCGUCGCUUCCUCCAAGUAUUACCGAAGCACAAGCCAUGAUCAGGAGGACGAUGGGGUCGUAUACGGCGCCGGCGGCGAUUAUAAGAUCCAGACGGAGCCGAUUGUCCAUGACCAAGCUUCUCCGCGGAUGCUGGUGGUGAAGGAUUUGGAUCCGGAUUCGACUUUCAAUUUCGCUGUCACGAAUCCGCCGUCUCCGCAACUGGAAUCGGAGGUUGUUACGGCGGUUGUAUAUGACGAUGAGGAGGAGAAGAUAACAGAUCCGGUGGCGAUGGUGGAGGAUGAGAAUGAAAUUGAAGAAGAGGUUAAGAGCGUGAUUAUGGCGGAGAGUUCCGAUCUGGCUGAAACCGGUGGAGAUGAAGAGUUUAUAUUGCCGCCGAUAUCAAACUGGAAUCAUCUGCCGCCGAGGAUGACUGAAUCGGAGAAUCUCCCUCCGACGGAGAAACCUCUAGUUUCUUCAAGGUUCGGCCACCGGAAAUUGAUGAAAACCAAUCCAGAAGGUGGAAGAGCGUUGAGAGUGACGAAGCCGAAGCGGAACGAGACACUGGAGAAUACAUGGAAGAUGAUAACGGAAGGAAAGUCAACGCCGUUGACCAGACAGUUAUACCGGAGAUCCGAUACGUUUAGCCGUGGAGAUUCCGGCGCCUCCGGUGAGGCGAAACCGGUUUACAAGAAAUCGGAGACGUUUAGGGACAGGACUAACUAUUACCAGUCUCAGGAGAAAGCGGCGACGACGACGGGGAAGGCGAAAGGGAAGUUGAGGAAAGAGCCGUCGCUGAGUCAGGACGAGUUGAAUCGGCGAGUUGAGGCGUUUAUUAAUAAGUUUAAUGAGGAGAUGAAGUUGCAGAGAAUGGAGUCACUCAGACAGUACAAAGAGAUAACUAGUCGUGGGGUUUAGCCUUUUUCUGAUUAUUUUAUUUUCAGUUUCUUUAUAUAAUAUACUUUUUUGGGUUUUUUAUACACAAAAAUAGAAAAACAAGAUUACAUGGGUAGCACAAAGCCGCAGUGGAUUUUAACCAAAAAAGGAAAAACAAGUUACGUUGGGAAACAAAAAUCUGUUAAUUAGUUUGUGAAGCUUGAAGUUUUUUUUUUCGGUCAAAACUUUGUAUAAAGUUUUUUUUUCUUUAUGUUGUUUGUAGUCACUAGUCUAUACACAUUAGGUUUGUGAAUAUUAAUAUAUUGGUUUUACAAGAAUU